AUGUCGGAAAGCAAAGAAUAUGAAUAUUUCGAUCGUAAAUCCUCGAAAUGGGAUAUCAUUGAGUUUCUGAACGAGUGUGACCUGGAACCAUUUCAGAAGAAAAUAGAUUGCUACCUUAAAUGUCUCGAAGCUAUUUUCGCGAAUGAACAUGGUGUGAGGAAGGAAAAAGCAAAAAAGCUCAUUGAUAAUUAUAAAUUGGCGAAAGGUAGAAAAUACUUUUUGUUGAAGUCCUACUCUGCUACUAUCGUAGAACUUGUUUCUACUUUCGCAGAAGCUUUCAAAACAGUUUCAGUGGCGCUACUUGCCGAUCUGAUACUGGACCCACUGGGCACAGGUGACCUAUUUGGUUGGCUGAUGUUCUGGUGGGAUAGGGAAUUGGAUUAUUGGAGGUUUAUUAGAUCGAGAAUGGAACCCAAAACCGAUCGUCGACGAGCAAGAAAUUGGGAUCAGGAACAAUCACGAAAGCAAGUUUAUGUUAACCAACCGAUAGUUGCGACCGUUCAUGGGAACGGGAAUAUAACCAAUAUAGGGGAUGAUAACGGCGGAAAAAAUGUGUCUAGUAAAAGAGAUAAAGAGGAGGAAGAUGAACUAAAUCAAACAAAGCGAGUCAGAUUUUAUGAAAAGCCUCCAAAAAAGAAAACAUCAGGAAAAAGGGGAAGUAUAUUGCCUGAUGGUACCAAACUUGAGAAAGCGAUUCCACUGAAAUUGAUAGCAUUGGAUGAUGACAAUUCCUCCCAAGAUGAUGAUGAUUCUUCCAAAGUAUAUGAAUCUGAUCAUGAAGAUGGUUAUAACAAUGACGAGGAAGAUGUCCCCCUUCCAGAAGAGUCUCUCGAUUCCGUCCUUAACAAUCCGAGAAGCUGGAUCUUACCCUCAGGACAGAACGUUAGCGGAAUUGUUACUGAGAAUAUAUCUGCAAAUGUGGUGGAAAUUAAAAAGAAGAAAAGAUUAUCAGCCAUAGAAAAAGCUACAUUACGCUAUGGUGCAUCACGAAUAAUUGAUUUAUCAGCGCACAUGAAAGAAUGGUUCUCUCUUAAAGACAGAAGAUUCAUGAUGAAGGAUUACAAGUCUUUGUUGCAGGUUCCCGGCCUGAAAAACGAAGAAAGCUCCUUUGUCACAACUAUUGAAAACAUGGUAAAUGAAAAAAGAAUAAACGAAGCGUACGAAUUCUGUGUUCAAAAAUUUACUGGUUCUGAUGUGAACAGCUAUAUACGCAAGAUCAGCAAAAUAUAUUUAGAUUUUAUUUACAGAAGCGAGGAUGGUGAUGUAUUGGAUUCUGCACACACAGAGAUUGACGUAAUACUAAAAGCAUGUUCAUAUAUUGUUGAAGGGCUGAGGAAGUGUUUGGUAGUAAAACAAAGAUGGGGCGAGUCAUUCUGCCCAUUGAGCAAAAGUGCGGACUAUAAAAAGGGUCGCAAGUGUGAUGUGCGUUUCUUAUCACCAUCAGGAAUAGACCUUGGAGAAUGGGAGUUUGCGUCAAUUUUAACAUCACACAAGGCAAUUAGCGACCGUUGUCGAUCAACUCGAAUUAAUCAAUCAAUAUUAAAUGGUCUGUUGAAUCGUAAUCUGACCAAUGUAGAGGUUAAAAAAAUUAUUGUCCCCUUUUUACAGAUUGCAGGUACGAGUGGGCAGGUGUUAAUCGAGAUUUUAAUUGAGGGUUUCUAUGUUGUCUUUCCGGGUCCAAAGUUCGAGUUACCUACGAAGCUUCAACAUAUCGGAAAACUGAAGUUCGCUAUAAACAUUAUCAAGUUUGUCAUGGAUAUAUAUGAGCAAAUAAGCGAAAUUGUGGAAACUAAAGAAAGUACAAGUAGUGAAUUUGACAGCAUUUUCGGUAGUGAUGAUCUUGAUAUGAGUAAACCCACCCAUUGUAAUGCUGAACUUAUUCAUGAACCGUGGUGGACUCCUAAAA